AUGACGACGGCGCCCAGCCCGGCCCUCACGCCGCCGGCGGACGAAAUGGCGGAGCCGUGCCCGAGGCCGUGCCUCACCCCAAACGCCCCGAGGCACACGCCGUCCUCGCCCAGGGAGUUCUUCGCGCGCCUCUACGGCCACCUGGAGGACAACGCCAAGACGCCCCCGCCGACGCCGUCGCCCUCAGUGGUCGCGGCAUCCGCCGACGUCCGCGAAGAGACCCCCACACCCGCGUUCGGCCUGGGUGCCGUGGGUGCCGUAGGUGCCGCCGAGGACCUCCGGAAACCAAUCGCGAUCCGGGGCUACCGGCACGGCGGCUUCCUGUCCGCGCCUGUCGUCGGGGUGGUCGGCCCGCGGGGGCUCCCCGCCGCUCCCUUCGCGCCGACCGCCUCCACGGAGUCCCCACUGGUGGCCGCCUCCGCUACGCUGAGUCCUCUGCCCCCUCUGGCCACGGGGGCGCACUUCCCCGCCUCCUUCUCGGCAUUCCUGGCCCGGCGGCGGCGCAAAGAGGGUCGCGGCCCGCGGCGGCAGCGGACCACAUUCAGCGCGCACCAGACACUGCGCCUGGAGCUCCAGUUCGCGCGCUCCGAGUACGUGUCGCGCGCGCGGCGCACCGAGCUGGCGCACGCCCUCAGCCUCAGCGAGACGCAGAUCAAGAUCUGGUUCCAGAACAGGCGCGCCAAGGACAAGCGCAUCGAGAAGGCACACCAGGACCAGCACUACCGCAACAUGGCGCUGGCCUCGGGGCUGGUGCCCGGCUUCCCAUCGUCGUCCGCCUUCUGCACGCUGUGCCUGUACAAGGACGGCUCGCACCACCAGCACCACGGCCCCGGCCACAGCCCUGCCGACCUCCACCACGGCGCCCCGGCCAGCCCGGACAGCCCCGAGGACCCCGACAGCCCGGACAGCCCCGCCAGCUCUGCCGGCUCCCCCGCCACGCCAAGGAUGCCGUCCUCGAGGCCGCCGCCUUCGCCGUGAGGACAGCGCCCUCUCAGAGCCCGUUUCUACUGUUCUAGUCAUACUUCUAGUUACCACCGCAUCCCUGUCCCGGCGAGCCUUUUAUAUUUACUGUUUUCGUCUCUCGUUUUGAGCGUGUAAAAUAUUAUUGUAAUAGUGAUAGUGCACUGACAUUAUG